AUUGACUGGUUCGAUUGUUUAGUCAGACGUUUUAAAUAAAUUACACAUGCUACUGGGUAAACAAACAUUCGGCAUUGAAGCAACUCAAGCAAUUAGACAUUUGGACAAUCGAAACUCGUAUUCGAAUUUCUCAAAUAAACAAGUCUAUAAAAGAGCACCAUUUUUUCUCUUGCCCACCCACCCUUCUAGAAUGCAGACGAAUGUUUUUAAAAUUCUUGUUUGACACGUUUUGACAUAAUGUUUUUAAAGCGAGACAGUUUCAGUGUCUAAUAAAUGAUUUAUUGAGUGGGCCUCGCUUCGAAAUUCGAAAAUAUUUAUUUCGCAUAAUAGGACUUGUCGUCUUAGCGACUGUGGGCUUUACAAAUGGUAUGCCUCUUGGGGCCAUGGCCUGUGCAACGUGUAGGUGCUUUAUUCGUAUUUCUCCGAAUUUCGUUCGAUUUCCAUUUGCCCAAUGCUAAUGUACAAAUCGCAGAAUGCCCCCGAAGGGCAGCCAGGUAAUAUUUAUCUCCACCCGCCCCCAAUGAGCUCACAUUUAAUACGUGGUCGGAGGUAAACACGCACACGAAUCGUAUCUGCCGACAUGUCUAAUAGGAAAUUGGCCAGAAGCGGCUAACUAUUUGAGUUUCCCUCUGUUCCUCAGAUCUGGUGGUGUAGCGUAACACUAGAACGCCCGGACUUGUAUAAAAUAAACAGGCGAAGGUACAAUAAAUUGAGGCAAACUUAUUUGUGUGUGUGCGCGAACAACAAAAGUACAAGAAAAUACAAAUAUCGAACACAAUGGAAACAAUAAUGUGCGAAACGAUUGGAAAUGCGCCACAGUCAGUCGCUGACGCUGUCUCCACCGACGUUGCCCUCUCAGUCUCAGUCUAUAUCUCUAUAUCUCUGGCCCAGUCCGGUCAGCGUCCGAUUCUCAGUCAGACGCAACCGGCUAGCCGGAGGGCCAACAACAAGUCGCAAGAGCAAACAGGAAAUCGAUUGGAAUUAUCGAAAUAAUCGUUUAAAAUAUUUAAAUCGAAUCUGAGUCAUUUUUUUAGUACUGCAUCCGGCUUGCUUCUGCCAACUUUUAAUAAAAAUAAAUUGAUUCCAAAUACCCCCAAGCGCAUUGAUGUAAUAAUGUAAUCUAAUCAAUGUUUAUUUUCUGUUUUUUUCUCUUCAACAUUUAAAACAGUUCAUUAGGAUUAACUUAGCUAGCGAAAUGAUUGAAAUAAAUGUAUCGAUAACCCUCUUUCUUUAAUUAUUCUGUUCGUAUAGUAACAAGAGUGUGGUAAAAAGUGUUAGGCUUACGAAAAUACCUUGGUUUGGUAUCCAAACAGGUGACAAGUGUUAAAGUGCAAUGUGCUAAUUAUGUCACACGGGGCGUAUGCGUGAUGUUGAAAGCCAAUAGCAAGUAAAAGCCAAAGUAAAAGGCGCAAACGGCAAACAGAAAUUCAAAAAGAAGAAAGUGGAAAAGGAAAAGGUCUAAACGGCCAUUCAAUACUUGUUGAAUUAUUAGCUGUGUUUGAGUGUUUGAGUGCGGUUGUGGAAAUAAAACAAAUGUCAACUGCCAAUGCCCCGAGAGUGUAAAGGGAAAUAUGUGAAAAAUACAAGCCGAGUGCCAGGGGAAUCCAUGGAAAACGAAAAUGAAGUGUCAGCGAUUUGGGAUGAAAUUAUCAAUUGGCCAAGCUGCUGCUGAAAUGUGAUUUAUCCACCUGCCUGCGGGUGAGGUGUUCUGCGAGCGGUGUGUUAAGUGUGUGCGUGUAGACAACAAAGGGAAAUAAUGUCAUGCAUUGGCUCGACGGCAUUUCUUUGGAUGACAAUUUAAUUAGCGGACGCGCCAGCGGCAGCAACGGCGACAACAGCGACGGCAAUCAGCGGAAAUCAACGCAGUCGAGCUCAUCGCCCACCAAAGCAAAACGAAGACGUCAUGCACACUUUAAGCUAAACAGCAGAUUGGACAGAAAGUCAUCUCGUGGCAUGAUAUACGAAAAUGAGGAGCUCAGGCUGCGCACCAUUAACAUUAAUGCAGAAGUGGAACGAGGGCAAUCGGACAUCAAACGCCUGCGGCGGGAAAAUGAGCAUCUGCGUCGGGAAAUCUGGACUUUGCGGGACGAGUGUGACAGGCUUAACAAACGCUUCAAGGCGAAGCUCAGCGAACACGAAUUCGGAGGGUGCAGGGGCAGCGGGGGCAGUGGCGGCACCUGCCACGCCUACCGCUGCAGCGGCGGAGGCGGCGGGCGUGGGAGCGGAGGUUGUGAUGUAAACAGUGAUGACUCUGACUCAUGUGAUACGUGUCGCGGGGCAGACGACGGCCACUGCAGCGACGAGUGCUGCCAGGAGGGAGGAUCCUGUGCGCCGCUUAAGCCCCCACUUCCGCCGGAAGUGCCCAGCCACCCGUCUCCAUCGAAGAACGAGGAGGGUGGCAGCCAGAUCAAGGAGCAGCAGCCCAUGCACUUCGAUCACCUGUCGGUAGUCUCCGAGGAGACGCUGAGCAACCCGGAGCUGAUGCUCGUCCAGCAGCAGGAGCACCUCACGAUCUGCCCGCCAGACCCCAACGGAUCGCAGAGCACGCUGCCCGGCAUGAUGGGACCGCUCACACCGCUCACGCCCAUCGAACUGGUGGCCAACCAGCUGAACGACCUGCAGGCCAUGGUGCCACCAUUGUCCUACUUCGAGAACAUCCUGUCGCAGCAUAUGGGCGCUCGCAACGCGGCCCAAACGCCCUCUCCGGAGUUGGGCACCAGUUCGAGCACCACCACCGGCCAGACGAUGCGCCACACGAAUGGCUGGGACUACAACCUGCAGUCGCCCUUCACGCAGCGCAAGUACUCCGAUCUGUCAUCGCCGUCCCGCUCGCCGCCGCCACCUGUCAACACGAUGACCACCUUCGUGCCCACGUCCACCCUGCAGACGAUGCCCAAGAUCGCCCUGAAUGCGCCACCGCUACAGGCGGAUGGUGGCGACAUCGAAACAGUGGCCAUCACCACGAAUGCCACGCAACAUGCGCUCAACAGUCCCAAGCACUUCUUUGCGCCGAUCAAGCCGCGUUUGAAGCUCAACACCAAGUUGGCCAAUCAGGGCCAGGACCUGGAGCAGGACGACCUUCCGCCGGGCUCUCCGCCGCCACCUCUGCGAGAUCCCCCGGAUAUUUUCGUGAACAACGCCCUGGCCUCGCCCUAUCAGCGACGGGUGUCCCCACAUGUAAGUCCUCGUCACCGGCGCUCCCCCGCUCACUCGCAUUGCCACGCCCACAGCAACCAGCGCAGCCGCCAACGUCCACAGCCCGCCCACUGCUCCCUGCACCGGGCGGUGGUGGACGUGGCAGCUGCCGUUGGACUGGGGGAGGUGGGUCCGCAUCCGGGCUCCAGUGUCCUGGACAUAUACACCGCCGCUCUGGCGGCAGCCGCUGCCGCCCGGUGCUCUCCUCUUCCGACGGCCAGAUGCCCGGAUCCCGUCUAUGCCACAGCACAAAAGCCCGGCCAGAGCACGUGCAUCUCGGCCACGGCCUUUACACAGCCGGUGAUGACCAUCACCACCCAUUCCACAAAGACCACCACUUCGCCACUGAGAUUGGCCCACAAGGCGAGGGCCGCUGGCGGGGCCAAGAGGGUGGCCAAGUCCGCCGAGAACGUCAGUCAGACGGAUUCCGUGAACUUGGAGUCGAUCCUCAACGACAUCGAGACCAUUUCGGAGGACAUACUGGCCAUUCAGCUGGAGAAGAGCAAGUCGCGCGACAACCUAAGCCACAAUCACAACAGCAAGGACGACGAUCGGGCGAAGAAACCCUAUCGCUCCGAGAUGAAUCUGUAUCUGCAGUACGACGGCACAAAUCCGACCAUUUCGCCCGCCACAACGGCAACGGAAAUCGGAACGUCUGCUCCGGCGGUCACCACGUCCAGUGAGUCGGGAAAUAGUGGGAGCGGUAAAUUAGUGCGACGCACCCGAUCCCUGGAGAGGGAGCACACCGACAGUCCUGCCCCGCACAUUCCGGACCCCAUGGCUCCCUUUCCCGACAAAUGCACCUAUCUGGGAUUCGAGCAGAUGAACCAGGCAGCAGCAGGGGCGGGGGUUCCUCCUCAAUCACCGAAUGGCCAGAGGCCGCCCAUCGCAGCCAAGCCGAACGUUCCACUUAAGCCACCGCCCCCGUUGCCACCUGCCCGCAGGCCAGCCAUGCCCACAGAACCACCGCCCCCGCCUCCAGCCACCUCCGCUUCCGGCGUAGUCGGCCUGCCGCCCAACAAGAGUCACCUGUACAAGUCACUCGCCUCGGCGGCGGCCAAAAGGGCCAUCUUCCGCUCCUCACCAUCGCAGCUAACCAGAUCCUUGGACGUGGACCUCACGGGAGCAGAUGGGGAGGCGGGCAUUGAACAGGCAGCUGCUGGAAAUAUGGACGAGUUGGCGAGGCGAAAAGCGCGACGCGUGUCCAUUGUGUGUGGAUCCGGACAGGGUGGCCAGCAGGAUGAGGUGGCCCCGCCCGUGACCACCGUGCCCAUGUCUACCGCCAGUUGCGUGGACCUGAGCACCGUGCUCGCCCACCCGAGCGUGAAGGCCUUUAAAAUGAGUCACAGCACGCCCAGUUCGCCGCAUUCCUCGCGUCGUCGCACCAACAGCAACACGAUGGCUCCUCCUCCGGCAGUGCCGGCGGGUGGUGGUCACCCCGAGGUCGGGGCAACUUCGUCGGCGCCGCCCAGCACCUCCCACCAUCACCACCAUCGCAAGGAGGGCAGUGAUCCGGUUCCCAUGACGGCCACUGUCAGCCGCACCAAGUGCUCCAGGCGGCAUUCCGAGGGCACCGUUCACACCGUCCACCGGAACAGCGCAGCCAGCGGCGGCGGAGGAGGGGGAGGAGGAGGCGGUGGCCACCACCAUCACCACAGCCACCACCAUCCGCACAGCGGGAUGGUGAUCAGCAGCAACCCGCACCACAGCCACCAUUCCCACCAGGACAGCAACCACGAGACGGUCACCUCGCUGUCCGAUCGCAACUCCAAUAGUUUCGCCUCCUCGCGCGAAUCCUCCACGAGCUUCAGCAUGCGCUCCAAUCGCCGGAAGAUUUCGGUCAGCUCGCACACGGGCGGCAAGAUUCCGUGGUGCGGCUGCUGGGGCAACGGUUGCCUCUAAAUUGGGGGAGGGGGAGGGUAAACUCAUCUACCGUCCAGGAAGAAUCUCAGUGUAAUUCACUUAGCUGGCUGUUUUUAGUUAUCUAUAGUUUUCAUGCAACUUCCUAAAUUACAAAUAAGAACUAAUAUCGAACAGUCAUUACGAAAUUAACAUGUACGAUAUUUGUUUUCUCGAAUAAAACUGAUAAAUGCAGUCAAAGAGAUUAAGAGAUCUCCGAAAAGUUUUAAAAUAACUCCAACAAUUUGUAUAAGCAAAGAUGGCAACUUAGAUGGCAACUUUCUAAUAAGAAAUAAAUAAAACAAUGACUUAUUCAGUUGUUUUUUUAACUUCGUAGUUCUGUUCAAAAAUAUUAAAUCAUUAUUGAUUGUAUCGCCUAUUCAUUUUUCAUUUUAAUACUAAUUAAUUUCUUAAUUUUUCACGUCUAGUAAACCAAUCGACCUAAAAAAAAUUAUUAAGAUUAAAGCGCUUUUAUGAUAAAAAGUUGUCUCAAUCCAGAAACUCAUAAGUUAAAAAAUGAUUGAUAUCAUUUCAAGCAUAAUCCACUCAGUUUUUGUUUUCGAUUUACGUCUUUAUUGACUGCAGCUAAGUGGAAUUACACUGUAUUUCAUUAAUGAGUGUACAUUUCUAGAUCCUCAAAUAUGCAAUUUAUGUGUUUGUAUAUGGCUUAGAAAUUGUUUAAGAAAAACAACCCAGCAAUUUGUUUCUAGAAACUAGGUACAAAAAGAGUUUUAAAAAGUUUAAAAUUUAACCAACUUAAUCCGAUAUUAAUCCUGAACUUUGUUGUACAUAUUCUAAUAGAAACGAUUAAGUUGUAGCAUUUAAAUGUUGGUCUCGAAAACUAAGUCAUGUAAAUGGUAUAAUCAAACCUAUGUUUUUAUAAUUGUUGCUUAAUUGGGAAUGAACAGAAAUCAGAAAUAUAAAAUAGAAAAUUAUUUAUGGUAUUUACUAGACCUGAUUAAAUUAUAAUAAAGCAAAUUAAGUAGAACUUAAACCUUAAAACAUUUGAA